GUCUGUGGCGAAUUAGCUUUACGGAAGCUGACAUCGAACUUCACACCUCGGCAUCAGCCAAGAGGCGCACUAUUCACUGUGAACGAAUUCGUUGCAAGAGCUGGGAUUGGUGUACAUAUACCGUUUUCAACAUGCCCAAGGACGACUCGUUGCCAGGCCGAAAGAAGAUGCGAAAGGGUACACAUAGUUGCUUCGAAUGCCGUCGUAGAAAGAUCCGUUGUAUCUUCCCACCAGAUAAUUCCGAAGUCUGCUCCGAAUGUUUUGCACGUGGCAGCAGAUGCAUCGAUCAAGAAAAUGCAAAUCCAGAAGUCAUCGUAGACCACCGAAAGAACCUACGGGAAAGGGUAUCGCGUCUAGAAGCCUUGAUUGAUAAUCUCCUCGAAGAUAAAGUCAUCAAGUCGGAGAGUCCCAGUCAGUCCGAUUCGGCGUCACCUAAACCAUCCGUUAUCUACCACAAAGAUCAAUUCCCGCCCACCCCUCUGUCUUCGGCAGCCUCUUCUGGCAUAUAUCAAGAUAACCAGCGUGUGCUUCCCGAAAGAGGUCACCAUGUUCCUAUUCUGUCUGUGUUCGAAGAUGCUCUGAAUGAUGCCGAGGACCAGGUCAAAGCUAGAACAACCCCUCAAAACAAAGCGUUUAGAUCGAAACCUGACGUAACGUUGGAGCAACGUUAUACGAUAACAAAUAGUUAUCAAGACAACAUAACGUCUCAUGGUAAUUUGGCAUACAUAGAUCCACAAAAGGACGGCGUAAUAUCACAAGGCGGGAAACCGGGUGCUCUGUCACCGAAAAUGGAACAAGCAAAACAGGCGCUCCUCGCCAUGCUACCCUCUCAGGAUCGACUCAUCGCUAUCCUGAACAGCAACAGUGAGUGGUGGCAGACGUGGCGACGGAAAUGUAGCGGAACAAGCGGACCAGAACAGACGCUGUCACAAUUUGCUGCACAGGCUUUGAUCACCUCAAACAUUUGCUCUAUCGGUACUGUUGUCCUAGCUGUUGGCAUUUGCCUGUCCCAAGAAAGCGAUGACGUGGACAAAUACAUCGAGGCUGUCGACCGAUGGGUACUUGCCGACGACGAGCUUGGUGCAAGGCUUGAGGGUAUGGAGCUGCUAAUCCUGAAGUCAAAAUGGUAUGCAGAUGUCGGCCAACCACGGAAGUGCUGGUUAUCAUAUCGGAAAGCCUUGAUGUACGCACAGCUUAUGGGUCUUCACCGUAAGCGGACAACCUCGCAAGCUCACGAAUCCAUAUGGUGGUCUAUAUAUCACGGCGAUCGCUUUCUGUCUCUCUUGCUUGGUCUUCCUUACGGCAUUAACGAUGCACUCUGCGAUCUUACGGUACCUGCCUUUGGCGGUGACUAUAUGCAUCCCCUGAGCUUCAUAACAGCCUUAUCUCAACUUACGGGCAAAGUAAUCGACCGCAACCAGGGCCUCGCCGAGCAAUCCUUUGCAUGGGCAUUACAGCUCGAUCAAGAGCUUGAGGACUUAUGGAAGCGACUAGACCCCGCAUGGCUCGAUUUCACCGAUCUCCUCACGGACGCCGACUCCAAUGCAGCAGAGCUUAGGGAGAGAAUCAUGGGGCAGGUAGUUUACCAUCAGAUUCGCGUGUAUCUGCACCUACCCUUCAUGCUCAAAUCAACUACCAACUCGCGAUUCAUGUACUCCCGUACCGCUUGCCUCAGUGGCUCAAGAGAGGUUUUGCGACUGUAUCAGGUCUUGCGUACUGGCAGCCCCCAACCACUUUACGAGUGCAAAGCCGUCGAUUUUAUCGGCUUCACGUCUGCCGUGCUUGUUCAAAUUGGACUUUUCAACUUUGGCUCCACAAGCCUGCAAGUCGACCCUCGAGAAGUUGAAGCAGACGUUCGCCUUGUCGAAAUAAGCAUCGAUAUUUUCCGCCGUGCAUCUAGUGAAAAAGGAGGGAAAGUUGCUCUUCAAUCAGCAGAAGUGCUGGAGAGAAUGAUGGCAAAGUUGAAGGGCUCCGACACCAAACCAUGCGACGACGACUCGAACGAAUUCGUCAUUCCCUAUUUCGGCACCAUCUCCAUCCGCAAAGGUGGCCAAACACUGCGUAAAGAUCAGGUGCCACGCCCUCCUAAUCAAGCCACAAGCCCUCCGCCCGCCCGAUCUGUACAUUCGAACUCGAUCUCUUCGCCACAAUACACCACGACACCGAAGUCCGCCACUUCGCCUGCAAACCCAUACACGCCGCCGUGGACCUCGCUAACGCCCCUCCCACCUUCCAUCGACAUGACGAACAAGGCACCAGCCGUAACCAACCCCCAGCCGUUUGUCUCCUACGACGGCUUCUACAACUGGAAUAAUUUGAACGCCGACGACUCGACUCACACGGGCAUGAACGCUCACAUCAACGAUGACAGCAUGAACAACUUCCCGCUGCCGACUAACAACUUCUCCUGGCAGCAUAUGCCUAUGGAUAUCGAUCAGGACUGGAGUUGGUUCCUCAACGACGGGCAGACUCAGGCGCAGGGCGUGGGAGCACCUGUUGGAACGGCUCCGUUGGAUGCGUUUGGUGCGCAGGGAUUUACUGGGUUCGGGUGAGAGGGGUGAGAUGGAAUGGUUGGUGGUGUGCAAUCUGUACAAUGGUUGUAUGUUUUUGUUUGGAGUUUAUGGAUUGGUGGGUGAUAUCCGGGUUUGAUAGACAUCUACUCCACUUUCGCUUCGGUGCGAGGAAUGAUACUUCGAUGUACGUUGGUUUUGGGGAAGGGUGGUGGUUUGUGGAUUUAUUGAGCGAGACGUCGAUGUUUGUAGUUUAAGCUGAACUAUUCUUGGAGAUAUAAAAUAUUUCUGUUGAUAUUCUUGUGGGGAAUCAGAGUCAGAGUCAUGUCAGUUUCGUCAACAUUCUACCAUGUCAUGAUCCAACGUGGAAGAUUUGUAUGAUACACUUCCCC